GCCAAUUAUAAUUCCAUUGACGCCUAGAGCUUGCCGUGAUUCGCGCCAGCUCUCCCCUCCGCCUUGCUAACCCGAUCACCGACAAUUCGUUCCCCUCCGAUCGUCAUUCUGUCACAAUGGCCUCCGAAGCCCCCUCUGUCAACGUCAACGGUGGUCCUAAGUCCCGGGCAGCCAUGCUAGAGGAGCAGCAUGCCCGUGAUGAGGCGCACAACCCCACCGUGGAGGAUGUUCCCGAUGAAGAUGACCUCCUGCACCCUCCUCCUUCUUCCCUGGUGCCUGAUGCCGAGUCCGACGCCCCGGCGGCCCCAGCCGCGACGCCGGCUCCUGCAGCCCCCAAGGCAGCUCCCAAGAAGGCCCCGGCCUUUGAUGUGCAGUCCGAGGAAUUGUUCCCUGCCCUCGGAAGUGGGCCGAAGCCCAAGGCCCCCGCUGCCUCUGCUUGGGGUGCUAGAGGUCCCUCGGCUGCCGCUGUCGCCAACGGUGCUGCUAGCGGCUCGCCGGCAGCUCCUGCAGGUUUCGGUUCUGAGGUUCCCCGGAUCAUCAGCCUUCCCGGAAAGCACAUGGAACAGCUCCGCCUGGCACCCUCCCAGAUGCUGCCCCGCGGCCAGCUCAAGAAGCCCCUGCGGGACAUCUUGCGCGACAUCUCCAAGCGAUCCAAGGCCAACGUGGACAUGCGCGGUGGACCGGGUGGCUCCAUAAUCUUCGAGGGUAAGGGCUCCGUGGAUGCGGUCAGACAGGCCCUGAAGGAGGUCGCACAGCAGGUCGGAUCUAAGCAAUCCGUUCGCGUUCCCAUUCCUACAUCUGCUCGCCCUCACAUCAUCGGACGGCAAGGAGCCGUUGUCCAGGACAUCCAGCAACGGACAGGUGCGCGUGUGCAGGUCCCCCGUGCGGAGGAAGCUGCUGGGGACGAGGAUGACGACAGCGAUACCAUUGACGUUCUGAUUGAGGGUGAUGCUGUCGCUGCUGAGAUGGCUCGUCGGGAGAUCGAGGCCAUUGUCAAGGAACGCUCCUCCAACAUGAACUUCCGCCUCAAGUCCAUCCCGCCCGAGUUCUUCCCCUUCAUCGCCGGCGCCCACAACGCCAACCUGAGAGAAAUCGAGGAGCGCACCAAGGCUCAAGUGCAUGUGCCGCGGUACGAUACCUGGCUCAGCCAGCCUCCCCCCCAGGAGGCUGAUCCUGGCCACGUUCAGUUCGCGGCGGUCCCCGACAAGCACAUCCGUAUCUCUGGUGAGCGCCUUGCGGCCCAGGAGGCUCGUGCCGAGAUCGAAAGACUUGCUGUCGACCUGCAGCGCCAGCUGACCCUUCGCCAACUCGCCAUCAACCGUGGCCAGCACCAGUUCAUCCUUGGCGAUAACGCCGACGCCCUGCACGAGUUCCUCGCCGAUACUGGCUGUGCCAUUGUGCUGCCUCCUGCCUCCGACGAGAGUGAAUUCCUGACCAUCACCGGUCCUGUCGACUGCAUCGAGAGCGGUAUCAACCGGGCCAUGGACCUUGCGACAAGUAUGCAGAUGGCCAGCAUUGACCUGUCUCGGCAACACCCCUCUGCUCCCAUGGGCCCCCACGCUCACGCUCGCGCCCUGACCCGCUACCUCAGACAACGCCAGAUUAUCAAGGAGUUGGAGACCAUGUACGAUGCUCGCAUCGCUCUCCCGCCCAGCUCUGACGGGCCCGUGACCUGGGAGGUCUACUCCAGAGAUGGAAAGAACACGAUUCGUGCGCGGUCUGAUAUCAUGAACCUUGUUCAGGCUCACCCCCCGACCAGGCUUCGUGCCCUCGCGGUUGACCCUUACUUCCACCCGUACUUGCGCGCCCAGAGCAUUGCCAAGUUGCGUAGUGACUAUGGUGUUCACCUCCUUGUCCCUGACGAGGUUGACAGCCCGGAUGUGGUCCUGGUUUACGAGGGUCCUUCGGCUGCUGCUCCUCAGUUUGAGAUCCCCCGCCAGAGACCUACCGCUGCCGAACUCGCCACCUUCGAACAGGUCCUCCAGGAAGCUCAGGAGUAUCUCCUGAACGCCCUGGGUGAUCAAAACGACGUUGUGGCGAAGACCGUCGGCGUCCCGAGCAAGUACCAGGAGAAGGUCCGCAAGUUCAUCAUCCGCGAACAGCAAGCCAGCGAGGAAGCGAUCCCUAUCCGCGCCCUUGUCGGAGAAGGCCCCUCCCGUAACGAGUCCGAGGUCGCCCUUCGUGGCCCCUCCCGCCUUGUGGAAGAUCUUGCUUCGAAGCUUCAGGCGUUUGUUGUUGAGCAGGAGCAGGAUGAUCUCGAAAGAGGAUACACGACCACUUUUGACUUCCCCCAGAAGUUUGCGAACUUCCUGAUCGGCAAGAGAGGCGAGAACAUCAACAAGCUUCGCGAUGAAUUCGACGUUGACAUUAAGGUCGAAAACGGCAAGGUCGAGGUUAAGGGACCCAAGGCCAAGGCCGAUGCCGCGAAGAUUAGGAUCAUCAACAUGGGCAAGAAGCUCGAAGACGAGACGACUCACGUCUUGAAGGUCCCUGCCCAGUACCACCGUGAACUGAUUGGACAGAAGGGAAGCCAGGUCAACAGACUCCAGGACCGCUACUCUGUCCGCGUCCAGUUCCCCCGGGCUGCAGCCUCCGGCAUCAGUGAUGACGCGGAUACCUCCAGCGAAGCGGGCAGCUCUCGCCCCAACCGUCCUCAGCAGGCUCUGGAUGAGGUUAUCAUCAAGGGCCCCAGCAAGGGUGCCGAUUCUGCCCGUGACGAGAUCCUGAGCCUGCUGCAGUGGGUCAUUGACCACUCCUACACGGCGACCGUUUCCGUGGCCCAGGCUCAGAUUCCCUCUUUGAUCGGCCAGCGCGGCCGUGAGAUGGACAAGCUUCGUGCGGAUACCAGUGCUCAGAUUGACGUCCCCGGAGUCAACGAUGCCCCGGAUGAUUCGGGCCGUGUGCAGAUCAAGAUUCGCGGCACGAAGCAGCAAGUGGAGGAAGCGAAGAAGAUCCUGCUGCAGCGUUCGGGUGCAUUCGACUCUAUCGUGACCAAGACCAUUGAGGUGGACAAGAAGUACCACAAGUCGCUCAUCGGCAGUGGCGGUGCGAACAUCCGCAAGAUUGUCGCCGACGCCGGUGGCCCUACCGAUGGCAGUGCCUCUCGCAUUGUGCGGUUCCCGCGUCCCGAGAGCACCGACUCCGCCAUCAAGCUUGAGGGAGACGGCCAGGUUGUUGACAAGAUCGUUGCUGCCAUCGAGGAGUUUGUCAAGGAGCGUGAGGACCAAGUGACCACCGUCCUGGAGGUUCCUUCCUCUCAACACCGCCUGCUCAUCGGCCGCGGAGGCGACACCCGCCGUGGCAUCGAGUCGAAAUUCAACAUCACCCUGGACAUUCCCAAGCAGGGUUCUGGACGCUCCGAGAUCAAGCUGAAGGGCCCCAGCAACGCCGUCGCGGAGGCCAAGGAGCACAUCCAGUCGAUGCUCAAGGACCAGCAGGGCGAGACGAUCGAGGUUCCCCGGCAUUUGCACCAUGUUAUCUCUGAGAACGGCUCUUUCUUCCGCCGCCUGCGCAAUGACUACCACGUGACCGUGGACCACGCCGGCCAGCAGGUUCCCUCCCGUCCGGCCUCGGAGGACUCGCGCGACGCCGCCAACGGCGCCUCCUCCCUCCCCCUGAUCACCGACGAACCCACCGACGCCCUCGAUGCCCACUCCUGGAAGAUCGUCGACAACAGCCCCGCGGCCGCUGACCCCUCGGAGCCCGCGACCAUCCCCUGGGUGUUGGCCGGAUCGAGCGACAACGUCGCCCGCGCCAAGUCCGCCCUCGAGAAGGCCAUCGCCAAUGCCUCCCAGCAGUCCGCCACCGGGUACCUCAUCCUGCCUGACCCCAAGACCUACCGCUUCGUCGUCGGCCAGGGCGGUAGCCAGAUCAACGCCAUCCGCAAGCAGACUGGCUGUCGCAUCAACGUCCCCAAGGACCAGGCCAAGGGCGAGGCGAUUGAGAUCAAGGGCAGCAAGGACGGCCUCGAAGAGGCCAAGGAUAUGAUCCUCGAGGCUGUCCGCGCUGGUUUGAGCGGUAACUCCCGGUGAGUGUCAUGUCGUGUCACGACGAUGCUGGUGAGUGUUGGAUUGGAUGAAUUGGAUUCGAUUGGAUCGGAUUGGAUUGAAUUGGAUAUAUUUGCAUGCACGAACCGGACCAUAUUUUCACGGCCCAAGAUCUCCUUCUCCUUCUCCUUCU